UAAACAGAUGUCACAAUAUAAUCUUAGUUCUGCAACUAAAGAAAGUACCACUGUGUUCUUGUAAAACAGCACUUUAAUUUAAAGAAAAGGGAAGUAACUAAGAUAGUGAAGGAUAGACAUUUCCCAAUUUGCGGUCUCAUUUUUCUAUAUCUGGAGACUCCUUGUAAUGUAUGUCAAUGGAAAAAGAUGUGAGGAGCUGAGGCACCCAUGAAUUUAUUAAAAUUUUAGUUUUGGAGAGUUUGCUAUCCUGAUUAUGCCAAAUGAAUCUUUUGUGUACUUUAAGAUACACAACAUACUACACAGUCCAUUCAGUGAUAGGGCACUUGUCUGAAGCUGUAAAUUAGCUUCAUAUGUCCAAUAAUCCAGUUACAAAUGGAAAUGCUGCAGGAAGAAGAAGCCUUCGAUUUUCCACAAAAGGAACUUCAUUUCCAAGAAAAUUUGAAGUUAUCAAUUUAACACUUGGCUAUUCAGUUUCUCAUACAGCAAAUUAGUCUCUGCCCCUGCUGAAUCAAACCUAAUGGAGAAUUGUAAACUAAUCCCCUGAUUUUAUAUUUUCAUUUUAUCUACUGAAAAUAUUAACUGCACAAGCAAUAUAAAAUGGUAGAAAACAAUAUUGAUUGCCUUGUCUGUGUAUAGUAUAUUACAACAUAAUCCUGCAGGCUUCUGAGGGGCAGAUAUCUCAGAGGUUUCUGGGAGUUUUUACUGUGGGCAAGAUUCUGAUAAUUUUACUCGCAUUCAAUUUUAGUACUAUACUCAACAAAUAGUCCCAAUGGGACUAUUCAUUGGGUAAGAGUUUCAGAAAUUGACAUUCUUACUAUUAGAAUAUAUUAAUUGUAUUAUGGUAGCACAUUGGUGCCCCAGUCAUGAAGCAAGACUCCAUUUUGCUAGGCCCUGUGCAAAUGCAGAGCAAAAAGAAACUUUCUUAACCAAAAGAAUUUGUAGUCUGAGUAGAUUGUAAGGACUUCGGAAAGAUUGUCAAAGAUAUUUAGGUGCCUGAAGAUGCAGAUAAGUGCCUAGUGGGAUUUUCAAAAGCAUCUAACCUAUUUAGGCCCUUGUAUCCUUAGAAGAACCCUGUAUUUUAAGAAAUUAGUUAACCAAGUCCUUAUGUGAAAAAGAGAAAACAUAUGCAAUGUAUCUUUAGUGCUAGUGGAUCUGUCAAAGGAUCAGACGAAUAUCCAUAUAUAUUUAACUGUGGCCUUAAUUUUAUUCUUUAGGAGAUGGGGUGAAAUAGUUUAAUAAUUAGGCUCUUGGAACUUUACAUUCUAAAGAAGCCAAUAGUGAAGAAAAAACACUGAUUUUUUAAAACAUUAAUUCUUCAUAGAAUAUUCUAGUUAGUAUAUUUUAAUCCACUUAAUGUGCAAUCCAUUAUGAUUAUUUGAUUGUCCAUUUGAUCUGCCUCAUAUCCUUUCAUCCUUUGCAUAUUCACAGAGUCAUGAGGGACUGACCUUCAGUAAUGCUGAAUAACCUCUGCUUGAACUGAAGUCACUAGGAACUGCAAGAUCUCAACACCUCUGAAAAUCCAUCCGUGAAGCAAUAUGCUCUUGCCAUCAGCAAGUGCAGGCAAACUUCUGAACGUUCUCAGCUUUACUGCUCUUCAUUGUAAAUCCACAUGCACAGAUUAGGCCUUCUAUUAUCAUAGAAUUUUUAUUUUUCUUAAAGAAAGUACAUUUAUUAAAAUAACAAAGAAACAAUGUAAGGGGUCAAUGCCUCCUGCUGCCCCCAUGUGACAGAUAUUCACCCUUGAAGGUCUCUCAAAUCACUAGAAAGAAAACCCUUUUUCAAUGGGAAAACCUUGUUGGGGCUCUGUUAUUGGUUUAGAAGAUUCCAGUCUGACCCCACUGCACGUCUUAACGUAAAGUCCUACAGAUUCAACUUAAAUCGAUCUCACAUGACUUCUCAUCACUGUCUGUUUGUCCAGAUUUUUCCUAAGCCUCAUGCAACUCUCAUUCUUGGUGCUAGACCACCAGAUUCUCCCCCUUCCCAGUGUCCCCUGACUAAUGAAGGGCUUACACGGUCCUUACCAUCCUGAGGUUAAACCCUAGUCCCAAACAAUUAUAAACCACUUUGCCUGAAUUUUUGUCUCCUCCAGGAGAUUCUGGGAACCCUUUUCAGCCACAGCUUCCUCUGCCUCUUUAACCCCAGACAGGCCCUGUAAACAGACCCUCUCUUGUUGCAGCUUCCUCUUUAUAUAAUGUGUUCUUAGCCCUUUCCCAGCUGAGACUAAUAGCUCCAAUUGAGUUAGUCCAGGAGUACUCAAAUAGGCUAGAUCAGCACCACACUGAGAAGCAGCUACGUAGUCCCAGGGGACUGGUCCUGUUCCCUUAAAGGGACACAUCCUGUGACAAAAAGCUUCUACCAAGUGGUACAAAGUGAUGAGUAAGAAGGAAAGGGUCCACCUCAGAGAAACAUCAGCAAUAGUGAAAGAAAAAAAGAUGAACAAUCUUAUCCUUUGUUAGAUAUUUCUUUGGCACCAGAAUCCUCAGCUAGUGUAAAUUGGUGUAAGUUCAUUGGUGUGUGGCUCUUGAAGUCUGAUAGACAAAGACACAUUUUUAAACAGCCUUCAACCCAAUCCGCAAGUCAUCCCACAGAAAUGAGAGUAUUUAAACAUUUAACUAUAUGCUUGUAGUACAGAUCAGAUAUUUAGAUGUCUAAAUGCUAUAAUAUCUCAUGGCAAUUCAUCGGAAUGCAGAAUUAGUCUGCAAAUUUGGAGGCUAGUUUUGAAACUCAACCUUUAAUUUGAGCUGCUGUUACUAACCAAUGAAGCUUACAAUUACCGCUCCCCCUCCCCCCAAUUUGGAGGAAAGAGAAAUGAGAAGGAAUAUAGUGAACUCUGCUGGUUAGUGAGUCUCUAGCACUGAUCAACAUGUUGGCAGAAGGCAUCCUAACUGGAAUCAUAUACAAAGAAAGAAAACAGAACAUAGAUAAACCCCACAAAUGUCACAGAAAAGAUGAAAGGGAAACCUGGAAAGAUCACCUUAUAGAUACACCAGCAAUUAAAGAUUUUGCUUCAGAAUCUGAGAAGCAGAAUGAGAUCAUUGCAAAAGGUAGCAAAAUUGAAAAUAAUAAAGAGCUUCAAUGGAAAUCUAAAGAAGAGCUACCUGCAAAAGAACAUAGUGCACACAUUAAAGGAACAAUAUCUGAAGCUUUACAUAUACCAGGAAGAGAACAAAUUCAUGAAAACCAGGUGGAUUUGUAUAGAUCCUGGUCAUGCCACAGUAUUUAUCAAAACUAUCCUGACUUACAUAUUGGAGGAGACCAUGUAGGAGGUUAUAUGCGGGAUUCAGGUUGCAUUAUGGACCACAUAAGUGAUGAACUUGUUGAUGGCCCGGUUUUAUUGUCAGGAGAUAUUCUAUUGGGUCAUUCCCCUCAAAAUGAGCCUCUUGAAAAAACAGCUACAAAGUCCUUGAAUGGUGAUGAAGGUGGAGAAAGGAGUAUGACACUCCACAAGCAGCCUCUUUCGAAUUCUGUGCUGAAUAACUACAUGGAUACAAAGGUGGAAGAGCUCUAUAAACAGUUUUUUGAAGAGAACCUGACCAGGUGUGGUUCUGUAACAAACCUCCUGACUUCCAGUUUGAUCAUGAAUAACCUAAAACAGAUAAACCUUCAGAUCUCCCAAGAACAGACUAUAGAAACAUGUAAAGCUAGAGAAGUGCUUUUACAUUCUCUAGCUUUGUUUAGUUUCCGCAAUGCUGCCAGUGGAAACAGCUCUGAAUUUAGCACUCCAAAUUUACAGUUCUCAAACUCACUAAGCAAGCGAAAGAGCUCCCGGGUACAGUUUACAUCAUGAUUGAACUGUUUGGUUACAGCAGUGGUUCUCAAACUUUUGUACUGGUGACCCCUUUCACACACAAGCCUCUGAGUGCCAUCCCGUUAUAAAUUAAAAACAUUUUUAAUAUAUUUAACACCAUUAUCAAUGCUGGAGGGAAAGCAGGGUUUGAAGUGGAGGCUCACAGCUCGUAACCCCCCAUGUAAUAACCUCGGGACCCCCUGUGGGGUACUGACCCUCAGUUUGAGAACCCCUGGGAUACAGCCUAUUUUUCAGCUGCCGUCUCUUUUCUUUCAGGAUUACUUUGUGAAAUGUACCAAAUUAGACACUACUGACUUCUUAAAAUAAAUUUUGACAUUUAAACCACACUUUGUCUGUGGUGCCACUCCAUUGCUUGUUACCGGACUAAAAUAAAGAUCAUGUGUCUUUGUGUGGUUGAAUGUAAUCCAAAUGAAAUUUUUAUACAAAAUCCUAUUGAGCUAAAUUUUCAAAGUGGCCUAAGACCAGCUUCUAAGAGUCCAGCCCUGCCAACACCUAGUGUGUGACUAAUUAUACAUA